CUCAAAAUGGCAUCAUACCACAGCCAAGACUGCUGGUCAGACAAAAACAUUCUGAAGUUACUGGAAAAUAUAGAGAAUAAUGUUCAAUGCAAUGAUAAUGAAACAUUCAAGACAACCCUUUCAAAUAUGGACUGGGAAAAAAUAGCUUUUAAGCAUUUCUCUGCAGAAAUGUGCAAAGGCAAGUGGUUAGAGAUUUCUCGUAAAUUGAGGAAGUUACGUACAUUGAAAGAAUUAGUUCUGGAAGCCAAAGAAUGUGUUAAAAUUCCCACAAAAUGCAAAAAAUAUGACAAACAUCCAGACUUCCCAAAAAAACCCCUGACUGCUUACAUCCGCUUCUACAAGGAGAAUUGGGCUGAGUAUUCCCAAGAGCACCCUGAGCUGAACAACAAGGAGUUGACCAAGAUCCUGACUGAGAAAUACAAGCAGCUGCCAGAAGAAACAAAGCAGAAAUAUAUUGAGGAUUUUCAGAAGGAGAAACGGGAAUUUGAAGAAAAACUGGCAUGUUUCAAAGAAAAUCACCCUGAUCUAGCUCAGGUCUCCAAAACAUCUGAUGUCUAUAAGAGGUGCCAAACCAAAGCCAGAAAGAAGUUACAAGGAAAUGUAAAAAUUGUGACAUCUCUAACAGAAACUGAUGGAUUUUCUGAGAAGGUGAAAUUUCAUGGAGAGCCCAAGAAGCCUCCCAUGAAUGGAUAUCACAAAUUUCAUCAAGAUUCAUGGUCUAGUAGGGAGCUGCAACAUUUGCCCCUGAGGGAGCGUAUGGUAGAGAUUGGGAGGCGCUGGCAGCAUGUCCCACAGAGCAUGAAGGAACAAUAUACAAGACAGGCUGAGGAGUUGCAGAAACAGUACAGGGUGGACCUGGACCUCUGGCUCAUGAGUUUGUCACCAAAGGAGUAUGCCUCCUACAAAGAGACUAGCUAUGGGAAGCGUAAAAACAUAACCAAAGCAGGAGGCCCAAACCCCAAGUUCAAACGAAUAGACCAACAGUCCCCAUCAGCUGAAAGUCUGCAAGAAGGCCUUGAAAAGAAGCAGGGACUGAUGUCUCCAGGGAGGGACUCACCCAACACUGCUCAGAUGGAAAUCAACUAA